AUGGAUGCUCAAACGAUAUUCGUGACGGGAAGCACAGGCUUUAUAGGGUCGCAUGUUAUUGGCGAGUUAUUGAACAAAGGAUAUCGUGUGCGAUGUGCAGUCCGACCAGGUCCCAAGGCGGACUUUUUUAAGUCGUAUUAUUCCUCCAAAUUCGAUGAAUCGCGCUUUCAAGUGAUAGACAUUCCUGAUAUCGCUUCGUCAGGGCUUGAAGCGUUCAAGGAUGUCCAAGCAAUUAUCCACCUAGCGUCACCGCCCGGGCACGCAAGCGCAGAGGAAAUUUACAAGGGUUCAGUGGAUGGAACUUUGAAUAUUGUCAAGCAUGCGGAAAGAGCAGGUGUUCAGCGCAUAAUCAUAACUGGAAUGAUUCAAACAGGAAAGCUUGAGCAGCACUUAUCAAGUCGUGAAGAGGUGAUACGAUGCAAGGAUCCGUUCAUCGUCUAUGAAUCCUGCAAGGUCAUAUCACAAAAGGCCGUAUGGGAAUGGGCCACCUGUCAUCCUCACCUGGAUAUUACCUAUAUAAGCAUUCCUCUCACAUAUGGACCCUUCGCGUCCUCCUUCUAUCUUCCCAAACCCGCGUUCCCAGGGGUAAACCGAUUCUUAUACCAACUCCUUGUUCCCAACGGGUCGUAUCCAUUUACAGGGCGAUACGUCGACGUCCGUGAUGUUGCCAAGGUGCACGUCAGUGCCCUGCGUUCUCCCCUGGCCUCGUCUCUCGGGGAGAGGAAAGAGGUCACGUUUGUCUCCCCCCAUGUCAUCGAUCUUAGUUGUGCAGUUUCUCUGUUGGCUGAGCAGAGGCCUCUUCUGAAAGGUCGGUUAAUUACAGGCCAUGCGCCUGUGUUGAAGGAAGAACAGCUCAAGUGUGAUUAUGGGAGGAUCGAGAUGAUAUUGGGUUUUCGGAAGGACGAGUUCACAAACUUCGAGAAGACUCUCCUGGACAUGAUUGAUAACUUUGUCGAGAUUGAAGCCAGGUGGAUCGAGGAAGGGUAUGUGGUCGAAAUUCCACAUUAUUAG